GGCGCGGCGGCCAUGUGACCCGCGGCGAGCCGGGACGCGACGGGACGUCACGGGGCGCGGGUCGGGGGGCGCGGGCGCGGCCCGGGAGAGCGGUAUGCAGCGGAGGUGGGUCUUCGUGCUGCUGGACUUGCUCUGCCUCCUGGUCGCCUCCUUGCCCUUUGCCAUCCUGACUCUGGUGAACGCCCCGUACAAGCGAGGAUUCUACUGUGGCGAUGACUCCAUUCGGUACCCCUACCGUCCAGACACCAUCACCCACAGACUCAUGGCUGGGGUCACCAUCACGGCCACCGUUGUCCUUGUCUCAGCUGGGGAGGCCUACCUGGUGUACACCAACCGCCUGUACUCCCGCUCCGACUUCAACAACUACGUGGCCGCCAUGUACAAAGUUCUGGGGACCUUCCUGUUCGGGGCCGCCGUGAGCCAGUCCCUGACAGACCUGGCCAAGUACAUGAUCGGGCGCCUGCGGCCCAGCUUCCUGGCCAUCUGUGACCCUGACUGGAGCCGCAUCAACUGCUCAGUCUACGUGCAGCUGGAGAAGGUGUGCAGGGGGAGCCCAGCCAACGUCACGGAAGCCAGGCUGUCCUUUUACUCCGGACACUCCUCCUUCGGCAUGUACUGCAUGGUGUUCUUGGCGCUCUAUGUGCAGGCGCGGCUGUGCUGGAAGUGGGCCAGGCUGCUGCGCCCCACGGUGCAGUUCUUCCUGGUGACCUUUGCCCUCUACGUUGGCUACACCCGCGUGUCUGACUAUAAACACCACUGGAGCGAUGUCCUCGUAGGACUGCUGCAGGGGGCGAUGGUGGCUGGCCUCACGGUAUGUUACAUCUCUGACUUCUUCAAAGUUCGGCCCCCACAACGCUGCCUGGAGGAGGAAGAGCUGGAGAGGAAGCCUAGCCUGUCGCUGACGCUGACCCUGGGCGAGGCUGACCACAACCACUAUGGGUACCCGGUGCCCUCCUGAGUCUGGGGCCC